AUGCCCGAGGAAGACAAGUACGACGUUCUCGAGAAGAUUGGCCAUGGCUCCUUUGGAGUUAUUCGCAAGGUCAAGCGCAAGUCGGAUGGAUAUAUUCUCUGCCGAAAAGAGAUCAGCUACCUCAAAAUGUCCCAGAAGGAGCGUGAACAGCUGCAGGCCGAGCUGUCCAUCCUCAAGGAACUCCGACACCCAAACAUUGUCGCCUACUUCGAGCGCGACCACAUCAAGGCAUCCCAGGACCUUCACCUGUACAUGGAGUACUGCGGAAAUGGCGACCUAGGCCGCGUCAUCCGCGAACUGAAGAACAAGAACCAAAUGUGCGAGGAGGAAUUUAUCUGGAGCAUCUUCAGUCAGAUUGUGAGCGCAUUGUAUCGCUGCCACUAUGGUGAAGAUCCGCCCGCCGCUGGUCGCAACGUCAUGGGUCUCGUCGGCAAUGCGAAGCCUGUUCGCGACCCCCGCAAACCCAUGAUCCUUCAUCGCGAUCUCAAGCCUGAAAACAUCUUCCUUGGCGAUGACAACUCCGUCAAGCUCGGCGACUUUGGCCUUUCCAAGAUUCUCCAAUCCCACGACUUCGCAUCGACAUACGUUGGUACCCCAUUCUACAUGUCCCCCGAAAUCUGCAAGGCCGAGCAGUAUGGACCUCAUUCUGACAUUUGGGCCCUCGGUUGCAUCAUAUACGAGAUGUGCACAAAGUCUCCCCCAUUCAACGCCAAAACCCACUUCGAACUCAUCUCCAAGAUCAAGCUAGGACGCUACCCCGACAUUCCUGCCUGCUAUUCAGCCGAACUCAGAAAGGUCAUUGCCAGCUGCCUGAACACCACACCCGAUCACCGCCCAGAUACUGCCGCCCUUUUGAACUUGCCAAUCGUCAAGCUGAUGCGCAAAGAGCAGGAGGUGGUUAAACUUGGACAGGAUCUGCGCGAGCAGAGGAUGCUUACUGCAAAGCGCGAGAAAGAGGCGAGCGAGGCCAUCUCUCGAAUCCGCAAAGAGCUCGACGACCAAUUGCGCAGAGAAUGGGAGGUCAAGGCCCAGCUAGAGAUUGAGCGACAAGUGAAGCUCCAGACCGAGCAGCGCGUGCAAAAGGAACUUGCCCACCUUCAGGCCACAUUUGAAGGCGAGGUAAACAGACGUGUAGAACGUGCUCUGAAGAUGUACCCAACCCGACUCAGCACGUCGCCAAAGCUUGCUCCUCGAUCCAACACACCGACAACUUCAGCAACAGGGCCAUCAGCCGCCUUGUUCCCAGCCGAUGUUGAGGCACCAACCGCCAACAGCUCAACAAAUACGCUGAACACAGACUCUGAUUUCGCGAGCGGAACAGACUUGUCAUCGCUUUCCCUCGAUGACACUGCCGAGGAAGCUGUCAUUGCAGCAAGGCCAAAGGCGAAGCGCCCGUCUCGCGGUCCACUUGUGCGCGCUCGUACCAUGUUCAACCAGCCUUCGUCAACACAAGUCCCCGACUCCCCGAUGGACGUUCAGAUGGCGGAGCCUUCACCCGCUCCGACAUCCCUCAAGGGACUCUCUCUUUCUCCUCGCCGUAACGCGCAGCCUAAGCAAAACAUCUUCGCUGCCGCCAAGGAGGGCGCAAAGAGGUGGGAAGCCGACGUCCCUCCAUCGCCAACUGAGGCCGAGUGGAAUGGCGACUUCGAUGACGACGAUGAUCUUCCAGUACUACCAUCGCCAACACGAGCCCGCAGCGCCUCUAGUAGCCGUCCCCGGAACGAUGACCCAUUCAAAGUCCUUGCGAAUGCCCAGGCGCCGCUACUCAAGGCCAACACGCGUCUCGGUAAUGCACCAAACCUUCUUGGUCCCAGGACUACCAAGCCACGACCAGUCUCUGCAGUACCCAUUGUUGCAGCAUCUCCCUCUCGGCAAAAGGCCAAGUCGACUGACAACGCAUCGACGUCGCCACGGAAGGCGGGCGCUACCACCAAGGCAAUCCCAUUUGCUGGUCUCCCGUCAAAGAAGGGCAACGAAGCGUUCCGUGCCCAAGCUCUACGUAAUAACGGCGCUGUUCAAGGUCGCACCCUUGUUGAGCUCCAGCAAGCACGCGGUAUCCCCCUCCAGACCAUGAGCGAGGACGAGGGUGGCGCAAAGAAGGGCUUUGGCUACGGUGGCAGGAGAAGCCCUGUUAAGCAACGAGGCGGCGGCAUCAGCCCACCCGCUGUCUGGGAUCCUAACACAGAGCCCGAGAUGCCCUCUCCCUUCAUUGUCCGCAGCAAGCGCAUGGUCCUAUAG